UUGUAGCCGCCUAUCGUUUACCCACCACAGAUUGUCUCAACAAGAAAACAUAAAAUUAAAAAUUAAUUUAAAAGAAAAUGUAAACACGUUGUGAAUUUUAAUGAAAAUAACACUAUAAUUACAACCUGUUGAGUAAAAUAAACGCUACACGCGUAAACAAAAAACCAUAAUUGUUUGUGUACUGGGAUAACAACCAUCAAAUGGAAUUAUACAUACAUAUGUAUAUAAAGAUUUGUUAAUGAAACAUGGAUCUGCCAGUGCCUGAGAGCUGCAUACUCUGUCUGGAGGAGCGUUCCCCGACUCAGCAGCAAUAUAUGGAUGUUUACUCUGCGAAGAGUGCAGAGCUCAAUGUGCUGCAGAUAAUCAACAAACAUUUACCCAUCCAACUAGCGGCGGACAGUGAGGAAAUGCGUAAAAUGUGCUCCAUCUGCUGGAAGACAAUCUCUGCUUUCCACACGCUUUACGAUUUUGUGAGUGCCACGCAAAACUCGUUGCGGGAGACGAAAGUAUUGAUGAUGGAAGAUGAUCCAUUGACGCAGAGCAAUGUCAAUGAGAGCGCUAAGCAGAGUGCAGAUCAAACGGAACUGAAUGGUCGCAACUUUUUCUAUCCGGAGGUAAAGAUCGAGGAACAUGAGCUGGAGCAGUUGCCAAAAAUCGAGGUGCUAGAGAGCAGCACAAGUCUGCAAACUAUCGAUCUCGAUCCAUCGCCAGCACGACGUUUAAGGAAGCGUGUUAAAGCGGAGGCCGAACCAUUAAAUUCCAGCACUGAGUUGGGUGAGAUUAAUAAUGGUGAAGCAAUUGCAGCAACAGCUGAUGAAACUGAGCCGCCUAUUGCGCCUAAGAAACGUCGUGGACGACCACGCAAAACUGAGUUGCCGAAGGAAAUCCCCGAGGCAGAGAUCAAAGUGGACAAACCCGCGGAAUUGGAGCCAGACUUGAAAAUGGAGCAACAAGCCGAUUUCAGUGACGAUGAUCAAGAUUUCACCUGCAAUUUCGAUGAUGAGCUUGCUGCCCACAGUAACGGGAGCAGCGACGAAACGUCCGAGAGUGAUGAUGAUGACUCGGAUUUUGAAAUGGACAGACCAGCCGAAUUAACGUUUGCCGUGAUACCGAAGCGAACGCCUGUGCGUCCCAAAAAGUAUAAGAAGAGAGCGAAGCCCAGCGAGCCAAAGGUGCGUAUGUCACGGGAACUAUUGGAUCAGCGAAAGAAACAGCAGGAGGAGUACGAUGGCAUCAUUGCCAAGUUCUUUAGUGUCCUGCCCUGCUCCAUAUGCAAUCUGGUAGUGCACAACUUUACGGAGAUGCAACGCCAUCAUCGACUCACACAUCAGGUCGAUCCGGGCUAUAUGAUCUGCUGUGGUCGCAAGUUUACGCAACGCAAAGUGCUCGCCGAACAUGUGCUGGUUCACUGGAAUCCCGAGCAUUUUAAGUGCAUCACCUGCGAAAAGGCAUUCCAGAACUCACGGCACCUCGAAUCACACCAACAGGUGCACGUGGCCAAGGUGUCCUUCCAAUGCGAUCUAUGCUCCAAGGUGUUUCUCAGUAAAACGGCAAUCGACUAUCAUAAACUGAACAAACAUGUGCCCAAAUCCGAAUUCAAAUUCACAUGCGCCGAGUGCGGCAAAAAAUUCCUGACUGAGCGUAAGCUGAAGAAUCACAUGAGCUCCAUGCACGAUCCGGAGAGCAUCAUUAUUUGCGACAAGUGCGGCAAACAGAUGCGCACUAAAAUCAUAUUAAAGAAGCAUCAGGAGCUGAUGCACUCGAAUACUCCGCGACCGGAGCCGGAGCUAAAGCAGUGUCAAGUCUGCGGAGCCUGGCUCAAGGGCAUGACGGGACUGAAGCAGCACAUGAAGAGCAUACACGUGGAAAGUGCUGGCGAGCAUCGUUGCCAUGUCUGCAGCAAAAUCUCACCCAAUGCUCGUGCCCUGCGUCGUCAUAUCUAUCACAAUCAUGAAUGCGAGCGUAAAUUUAAGUGUACCAUGUGUGACAAGGCUUUCAAGCGACCUCAGGAGUUAAAGGAACACACAUCAACGCACACGGGAGAAGUGCUGUACACCUGUCCAAACUGUCCAAUGACGUUCUUCUGCAGCGCCAAUAUGUACAAGCAUCGACAGCGUUUGCAUCGUGCCCAAUACGAGGCGGACAAGAAUCAGCCAAAGCCGCCUAACAUAUUGCAACAGGCGGUGGGUGCCACGGCGGCCAUGAAGAUUAAACUCAUGCAGAACUCCAGUGCAGCCAGCAUAGAAUCAGACAUGAAGCAUUUCUAGAUCAUAAUCAGCGAUUAGUCUAUGCCCAUAACUGUAGUUGUAGUCUAUCUAUAGUUUUGUAAAGUUAAACUAAAGAAACAGUAAAGUACAGUCGAUGUCGACCACUUUUCGUAUAUA